AUGUCACACUUGCAAUACUUCGAUUACCCUGGUUUCGGUGAGCGUUCCAAAAAAGAGCUCAACUACAGCCAGGCCGUUCGUAUCGACAAUCGUAUCGAGAUUUCCGGUCAAGGUGGUUGGGAUCGUGCCACCGAGGAAUAUCCCGAGCAACUCUCGGAAGAAGUCGAUCAGGCCUUCAAUAACGUGGAACACGCUCUCCAACAAGCUGGCGGGAAAGGCUUGGAGCAAGUCUACAAGUUGCGAAUAUACAUCACGGUCCCACUGGAUGAGAUCGCGGAGCCUAUCAUUCGCACCAUGAAAGAGAGAUUUACAGCUCACGGCCCGUUGUUGACGGUCGUGCAGGUGGUUGCACUGUACAAACUCAUGAAAAUUGAGAUCGAGGCUGAGGCACACUUGGGCUAA